GCGGCAGCCCUCAGAAAGUGGGAAGUUUUCGCCAUUCUGUCUAAAAAUUAAUCACCUUCAUGUCGACUCUGUUGGAUACUAACCCGCCGAUGCUAUGGUUACCUUUAUUACGAUCUUACAGGUGAAUCUAGUGAUGUCCAUCCUGCUGUAUGUGAUGGUCCUCGUGUACCUCUAUGGUAUCCAGGCAACCAACAUGGAUAGCAGUCACCAGGGGCAACAGCAGCCGAGUCCCGACCCUUUAAACUCUCUUAUCAUCCAGCUGCUUCAGGCCGACCUGACGAGGGGGAAGACCAGGGGGAAUCAGAGCCAACAGGGUAAAAGCAGGGACACGGAGCCCCAGGACACGCUGCCUCCUCUCCUCAGUGCUAACUUUCCAUUAGAGGACCAGGGCGAUGCGGAGCAGUGGGGGACGGGGGGUCGCAGCGGCGGGAGCAGUGAAGGCGUGAUGGACCAGCAGGUGAUGCUGUUGAACUCUGACCUUAUCAGGCAGCACAAGCGGUACAACUCACCCCGGGUGCUGCUGAGCGACCGACCGCCACUGCAGCCGCCCCCGCUGUAUCUCGCCGACGACUUUGUGAGCAGCGGACCGGAGGGCGGGGCGGCGGGAAACAAGACACGAAAGAAGCGUUAUGCUGAGCACAGAAGCUACCGCGGGGAAUAUUCUGUCUGUGACAGCGAGAGCCAGUGGGUGACAGAUAAAACCCAGGCGGUGGAUACCAGGGGGGACCCUGUUACUGUGCUGGCCAAAAUUAAAACUAGUGCCACGCAGGACAUUAAACAGUACUUUUAUGAGACGCGCUGCCGGACCCCCAGGCCCUUUAAGGGGGGCUGCAGGGGCAUUGACGACAAGAACUGGAACUCGCAGUGCAAGACGACACAGACGUACGUUCGAGCGCUGACGCAGGUUCGCAAUUCAGUGGGCUGGAGGUGGAUACGCAUAGACACGUCGUGUGUCUGCGCGUUGUCAAGGAAACGUCACAGGACGUAAACGCAACAACCCGAGCCCUGCUGGGGACUACCUGUUUGGAAUUCUACUUCCUAUGUAGGAUUUUACUUCCUGUUCUCAAUGCUCCCCCACCACAGGAUUAUGUGUCAAGGUGGUGCAGAGCAACAAUCUGCUAUACAAUGAUGCUUCUACUGAAGAAAUCUUGGGUCCUUCAAAACAAUAUUUCACAUUAACGUGCUGAAAAUCCACAAACCGGCGCUGCACCGCUGUUAUGGAAGA